CUGUUUUACUGAUAAUUUAGUUUACUUUUGUUUUAUUAAUUGUUGUUUCAUUAAACGUAACUCGCAUUGGCCCUUGUUCCAUAUACAUUGAUUGGAUUCAGGUGGGGUGGGGGCACUUUUUAAAUCAAUUUCUGCCUUUCCACUGUACUGGGACGGUGUGUGUGUGAUGUGGAAUUGGUUUUGAUGCGCAUUUUUUAACAGAUAGGUCUUGUGAAUGCAUACGGUAUGCUGUCUUGGACUAGGCUGCAGAAUACAUCCUCACAUUAAGUAAGAGAGUCUGAGCUAAUUGUAGCCCUACAGCCCCCCUGGUAAAGCUGUGUCUGAGAGCUCUCCCUGCCUCGGUGUCAGGAUGAAGGUGGCGGUGGAAGGCUGUUGCCAUGGCGAGCUGGAUAAGAUCUACGAGACCAUCGCAUUCCUGGAGAGGAAGGAGGGAGUGAAGGUGGACCUGCUGCUGUGCUGCGGAGACUUCCAGGCCGUGCGCAACGAGGCUGACAUGAAGUGCAUGGCAGUGCCGCAGAAAUACAGGCAGAUGCAGACCUUCUACAAGUAUUACUCUGGAGAGAAGAAGGCUCCUGUCCUCACCAUCUUCGUGGGGGGCAACCACGAAGCGUCCAAUCACAUGCAGGAGCUGCCCUACGGGGGCUGGGUGGCACCCAACAUCUACUACCUGGGCUAUGCAGGAGUGGUCCGGUAUAGAGGGAUCCGGAUCGGAGGGCUGUCUGGGAUCUACAAGUCACACGACUACAGGAAAGGUCACUUUGAAUGCCCUCCGUAUGACCAGCAGACAGUCAGGAGCGCGUACCACGUGAGAAACAUUGAGGUCUUCAAAUUGAAGCAGAUCCGGCAGCCCAUGGAUAUCUUCCUGUCUCACGAUUGGCCGCGAGGGAUCUAUCACUAUGGCAACAAGUCUCAGCUGCUGAAGAGGAAGUCGUUCCUGCGGGAGGAAGUGGAGUCGAACUCGCUGGGCAGCCCGGCUGCAGCAGAGCUCCUGCAGCACCUGCAGCCUGCGUACUGGUUCUCUGCUCACCUGCACGUCAAGUUCGCAGCAUACAUGCAGCACCAGGCGCAGAACGACUUGUUGCCAAGGGCAACCAAGUUCUUGUCGCUGGACAAGUGCCUGCCUCACCGAGACUUCCUGCAGAUAGUGGAUAUCGAGCAGGACCCCAGUGCCUCGGACCGGCUGGAGUAUGACCCAGAGUGGCUGUCCAUCCUAAAGAACACCUCCAGCCUGGUCAACACGACUGCCAGGACCUGGAACAUGCCAGAGAACAACGGCCUCUUCUCUCGGUGGGAUUACAGCGCCUCUGAGUCUGGCCUGAAGGAGGUCCAGUCUGACCUAGGGGGUGACCUACGUGUCCCUGAGAACUUCAGCGCUACCGUGCCCCACUACGACCCCAACAACCCCCAGUUACAGCGAGAGCCCACCUAUGCAGUGAACCCCCAAACCACAGAGCUGUGCGCCUGCUUGGGGCUCACCGAUCCCAACGCAUGCAGGACUGGGGGGGUAGGCUGGGAGGAGGAAGAGGAGGAGGAGGAGGAGGAUAACCUGAGCACAGGGAGCGCAGAGGAGCCCAGCGAAUACCCCACUGACACCUCAGGGCUGUCCAGCUCCGUCAACCCUGAUGAGAUCACCAUCGAAGAGGAGUGGGAGGAGGAUGGCGAGGCAGCGGCGAUGCAGAACCCCCCAGCACGCCUCGUCCUGCCCUCUCCCAGUAGAACCAGCAACAGUGAGGUGUUGAUCGAGAAUCGGCCCCCAUUUUCCCUCUCUGCCAGCCUGCCCGAACCCAUGGGGGUGUCGUCCUCAGAGGAAUUCACCAAUGAGAAGCCGGCACGGCACAAAGGGGUGGUCAUAACAGAUGACAUGGAGGGGAACAGCUCGCCCCCUGCUGGAGAGAGCGGCACAGCACGGCCUCCCAAGCGCAUCAGUGGGGAGAACGCAGCUACGGGCGAGGGUUCGAAGAAGAUCAAGAGGAGGAAUCAGACCAUCUACACUGCACAGGAAGAGGAGGAGGAGGAGGAGGAGAGAGACUGCUGAUCGUCUUCACGUGAGGAGGAGGAGGAGAGAGACUGCU